AUGCUGAUUUGGCGACGAAGCUCCAAACCACAAAUCUGAGUGGGGGUACACAAAUGACAGAUCCAACGGCUGAUAUUAAGUCAUCCACGCUGUCAACAAGACGUGGCAACGAUUCGAUCCAAACCAAGUGCACGUGUCACUCUCUAGAGCUUUCUCUCUUCGUAAAAAAAUUAAAAAAAAUGAAAAAUGAAUAAAGAUAAAUUGCUAUUUUCAUUUCAGACAAAGGAGAAGAGCGCAGAAGAAUUUCUUGCAAGUUUUUAUUUUAUUUUUCUCUCAAAUUGCUCGUGUUUUGCAAUUAAUAGGACGGCCUUUUGUCUUUUUAGCGAUUGAUCUUCAAUUUUCUUGAGAUUUGAAAGUUUUCAAGAGGAGAAGUUGUUCGCAUCUGCUGCCUUCUAGACAAGUGGAAAUUCUGUUUUUUUGCAACAAUGAGUUUUGUUUUCCGAGGGACUAGAGGGGAUAUUGAAAGUGGGUUUUCAGGAUUUAUUCCUGAACGUCCAGCUGUGCGGAUACAUGCAGCUCGACCAGUUAAUUCUAAUUCGCUGGCCUUCCUUGUUACAGUUCUUUUGCUGUUCAUGAUUUUAAACUCUCAUCAAAUGUCACCAAACUUUCUGCUUUGGCUAGUAGUGGGUGUCUUUCUAAUGGCUACGAGUCUAAGGAUGUAUGCAACUUGUCAGCAACUUCAAGCUCAGGCCCGAGCUCACGCUGUGGCAGCUAGUGGUUUGCUUGGUCAUACUGAGUUGCGUUUGCACAUGCCACCAUCAAUUGCUUUUGCUACUAGAGGACGCUUACAAGGACUAAGACUCCAACUUGCACUUCUUGACCGUGAAUUUGAUGAUCUAGAUUAUGAAACCCUCAGAGCAUUGGAUUCUGAUAAUAUUUCCACAACUCCUUCAAUGAGUGAGGAAGAGAUAAAUGCUUUACCCGUUCACAAGUACAAGGUUCCUGGAACAGAGAGUGCUGGAUCAUUACCAAAGCAGGCAUCAUCUUCGUCUGCUCCAGUUGAGGUUUCAAAGAAGAUCUUGGAAACAAAACAAGUCAAUACCUCUAGGAUGGAAAAAAAUCCUGUAAUCAAUGGGUUCCAACCCGAUCCGACCUGAAAGGAUCAGGUUUUCUUUAUGAAAUCGGGUUUGGGUCAUGGUGGGUUUUUCAAGAUGGUUGGUUUCAAGUUGGCGUUGGGUUUAGGGAAAACCUUUCCUAUAUAUAACAUAUUAUUUAUGUUAUGAUGAAUUGCAUUACAAAGAAAAACUAAAAAAAAAAAAAAAAAAACUAUGCAGUGUAAUUUUUUUGGGAUUUCACUGCCUAGUUAAUAUUUAUUAUAUUAUACUGUUAUUAUGUUUUGAUAAAAGGUAUAAAAAAUGAAAACUGUGACAUAUCAGGUCAGGUAUAUUAUUUACUUUUGGGGUCGAGGUGAGCAAAAACCACCCUGCCCUGUCUCCUUUUCAUAUUCAAUGCUGACCUAGUCAGAGAGAGCAUUUAAGUGUUCCAAGGCAAUUUGCCUCUGAGUCUGCAUCUUUCUGAACUAUAUGUACAUA